CUCUUCUUUGUCUAUCUCAUAGUUUUCUGCUUCUUGUUUAUGAUCAUGGCUCUGGGUGGUAGAAUCAGCAUUGAAAUUGGGGUUCAUGCAACUGCUGCAAAGUGGUACAACAUCUUUGCAACGCAACUCCAUCAGGUUCAAAACCUUACUGAUAGAAUUCACCAAGCCAAGCUGCAUCAUGGUCAAGACUGGCACCACAAUGAGGCCAUCAAACACUGGACUUAUAUCAUAGAUGGUAAGGUUAACACAUGUCAGGAGAGUAUGGAGUACGAUGAAGCGAAGAAAAUAAUAAUCUUCAAGCUCUUCGGUGGAGACGUGGCUAAAGAGUUCAAGUUCAUAAACCUUGUAUUUGAAGCAAGUGAUAAGGAGAAUGGUGGUGCUAAUAUCAAAUGGACUGUUGAAUAUGAGAGGCUUAGUGGAGAAGUUCAUCCUCCAUAUGGCUACAUCGAGUACCUCUACAAAUGCACUGUGGAUAUGGAUGCUCACCUCAAGGCAUAGUUUCGAAAAGUUAUGCAUAAAAUUAAGAAAGAAA